AUGGGCAAUGUAUCAUUUAGACAAAAAAAAAGCAGGAAUGAUUUGUCGAUCGGUAAAACAUCGUCAUGUGGCCUUACCGAAUUCUGGAACCAAAAAAGACAAGAUUUUAAUGACAUUUACUUUAAAAACAGUAAUUUUCCACCAGCUGAAGCGUCGGACUUUCGUGUUACAACCAUAUUAGAUGAAGGAUCUUUCGGAUCUGUUGCAUUGACAAUACACAAUACAACUGGUACUGUUUAUGCGACAAAAGUAAUUGCCAAAAAGAAAAUCGUUAAAGGUCGCAAUGUGCAGCGAAUGCUUAAUGAAAAACGAAUUUUGGAGUCUAUCAAUUUUCCGUUUGUCAUUCGCCUUGAGUAUUUCUACCAAGACCACAGUUUCAUUUACUUUGUCAUGCCGUUCGUGUGCGGCGGUAACAUUCACACGCACAUGAAACGCCACGGGUCGAUGGACGAAGGCAAGGCCCGGUUUUAUUUUUCAGAAGUUCUUCUGGCCGUUGAAUACCUGCACAAGUUAAACUUGGUGCAUCGGGAUAUCAAGCCCGAAAAUAUACUAAUCGACGUCAACGGGCAUGCUCAACUGGCAGACUUUGGGUUUUGUAAACACAUUAAGGGUCGUACGUUCACGUUUUGUGGUACUGCUGAAUAUUUGGCUCCGGAAAUUAUACUCAGACGAGGAUACGGAAAAGCGGUGGACUAUUGGUCGCUCGGGGUUCUCCUGUACGAGAUGUUGGCUAACCGUUCGCCGUUCAUAGAUCGUGACACUGGGAAGCUGUUCAGUAACAUCGUGACCGGGGUGUACAGCUGUCCGUUGGGCUUCUCGGGCGAUGUGAUCAACCUGUUGCGGAACAUCCUCAAUGUGGACGUGACCAGGCGGUACGGGAACCUGGCGAACGGUAUCCGAGACAUCAAGAAGCACAGGUGGUUCGGUGACAUGGACUGGUGUGCGGCGUUCGACAGGCGCUUGAUGCCACCGUACGUGCCGGUAAUCAGCGACACCGUCGACACCAGAAACUUCGACGCUCAACAUGGCAAGCUGUUCUACGAUGCCAGCAAGGACAUGUUCAGUGACAUUUUCAAGGACUUUUGACGUUGUCUAUUGCGUCCAAAAAACAACACUAUUUUUACGAUUCGCAGACAGGGCAGCUGGAAAUCAACAAACGUAUAUAGGCACCUGCCUACAGGAGACUAAUAUUAUUUGCAAAUUGUUAUGAAUUGUUUACGCAGUUAUGAACAGCCGUACUGAAGAUGUAUGAUAUACACCGUGCUUGUGCGAUUUUAUAAAAGAACAAAAUCUAACAAAUAAACGAAGAGUAUCACGAAAAGAAAUCAAGGAGGUAAUAUAAACAGAUGAGCCUGAACACUUCAAUAACAGUGGUAUGACAGAAAAAUAUCAAUUUAAUAUGUCAAUAUUAUGCUUCGUCUAUUAAAAAUGAAAAAGGGGGAUCAGCGUACACGUGCUGUCACCACGGUAAA